ACAGAAAGAAAGGGACAAAAACGAGAAUAAAACCUACAAACGAGUGUUAAAGUUCUCCACCUGAAAGGCCCCACCUUUGACAAAGAUUACAGGUGCUCGUCUCGUAAUACACACAAAGGAUCGUGUUUGAAAGACUCCAUUGACCAACCCACAUAGGACCACACCCCCAGAGUGUGGGGAGGGGGGAUCUGAUCGUCCAUCAUCUCGGCACCGUCACAAGGUGCUGAUAUGUGUACACGAUGAGCGGACUGGGGGAGAACUCCAUGGAGCCUCUGAGCUCAGAAAACCGGAAACGCAAGCUCUCCACUUGCGACACGCCUGGUCUGGGGUGUGAGAGGAAGCGACGGGAGCAGGAGAGCAAAUACAUAGAGGAGCUAGCAGAGCUGAUAUCCGCCAACCUCAGCGACAUCGACAGCUUCAACGUCAAACCAGACAAAUGUGCCAUCCUCAAAGAGACCGUGCGCCAGAUCCGCCAGAUCAAAGAGCAGGGAAAAGCUUCAUCCAACGACGACGACGUCCAGAAGUCAGACGUGUCCUCGACAGGUCAGGGGGUCAUCGACAAGGACCACCUGGGGCCCCUCCUGCUGCAGGCUCUGGACGGCUUCCUGUUUGUGGUGAACCGGGAGGGAAGCAUCGUGUUCGUGUCGGACAACGUGACGCAGUACCUGCAGUACAAACAGGAGGAGCUCAUAAACACCAGCGUGUACAAUAUUCUCCAUGAGGACGACAGGGAGGAGUUCCACAAGAACCUGCCCAAGACCAACAUAAAUGGAGUGUCGUGGGGAAGCGAGGCGGCCCGACAGAAGAGUCACACCUUCACUUGCCGGAUGCUGGUCAAGUUUGGCCACGCCCACGGCCCCAUGGACGAGGGGCCAGGAGGGCCGCGCUACGAGACCAUGCAGUGUUUUGCUCUUACCCAGCCCAAGGCCAUGAUCGAGGAGGGGGAAGACCUUCAGUCAUGUAUGAUCUGCGUGGCCCGUCGGGUGACAGCCAUGGAGCGAACGGAGAGCUUCAAUACGCGACACGAGCUCUCAGGUAAACUGAUCCAGAUCGACCAGAACUCUCUGCGAGCGUCGAUGCGUCCAGGCUGGGAGGAUUUGUUGAGGCGUUGCAUUCAGAUGUUCCUUCAGCACAGUGACGGGCAGCCCUGGUCGCACAAACGCCACUACCAUGAGGCCUUUCUGCAGGGUCACGCCGAGACACCCUUGUACCGCUUCUCCCUGUCCGACGGCACGCCAGUCACGGCCCAGACCAAGAGCAAACUCUACCGUCACCCCAUGAGCAACGAGCCGCAAGGCUUCAUCUCCACUCACCUACUUCAGAGAGAACCAAACGGUUACCGCUCAGCUCAGGGUGGGAACAUGAUGCCGAACGCUAUGAGACAACAGGGCAUGGGAGGCCCCAACCCCAAUGCCCAAAUGAACAUGAACACCGGUGGGGGGAUGGGGAUGGGGGGCAUGGGCAACAUGAGCAGGGGCUUCGGCAUGAACGAGCAGAGCCACAUGGGCCACAUGGGUCCGAUGGGAGGUGGCCCCAUGUACGGAGGGAGCGGUGGAGGAGGAAGUGGAGGUGGAGGCAUGGGCAACCGCAUGAUGCAGAUGAAUCAGAUGGGGCAGAUGAAUCAGGUGGGGCACAUGAAUCAGAUGAAUCAGAUAGGUCCCAUGAAUCACCCGGGCCAAGGCAUGCAGCAGCACCCACAGCAGCCCCCGUUCCAGAGCAGCGGAGGGUUUGGGCUGAGUGGCAUGAACAGCCCUUCAGGGAGCCCCAGAAUGGGCGGCCCCCAGCAGGGACUCUUGAUGUCACCCCGGAACCGAGGGAGCCCAAAGAUGGGGGCCAACCAGUUCUCACCUGGAGGCAUACACUCCCCCAUGAGUGGCAUUGUCAGCGGUGGAGGAAGUGGGGGGAGCACCACCACCUUCUCCAGCAGUUCUCUAAAUGCCCUGCAAGCAAUCAGUGAAGGAGUAGGGAGCUCCCUCCCCUCAACCCUAACGUCGCCCUCGCCAGCCCUUAAACCAGACAGCUCUCCCAGCGUCCACUCCUCUUCUUCCUCUCAGCCCAGUCAGCCUGCCAAACCAGGCCAAGAGGGCUCUAAAAGCCCAGCGGGAGGCUUAGGGCCUGGGCCCAGUGACCACCACCACCCCAUGCUCCAUCACCACCAUCAUCAGCAUCCUCAGGCUGAGAGUUCUGGAGACCGACCAGACAGCCAGGCAGCUACUGCGACGAAAGAGUCUGGAGAAGGAAGCAAUGAGGCGGGGGUGGCGAGCUCUGAACCCGCUCGGAGGGUGCCAGACAGUAAGGGGCAUAAGAAGUUGCUCCAGUUGCUGACUUCACCAACUGAGGAGCUGGGAAUGGGUGGCAGCGGACCAACAGGGCCCCCUGUACCAACCCCACAAACCAGCAGCAGCACCCCUGCAGGCACAGACAGUAAGGACCCGACCGGAGGCAUGACUAGCCCAUCAUCUACUGGGGUCUCCUCCUCUUCUUCAGCCAGUGCCAAUGCGGGCCAGGCGAGCGGCCCAGGAGGCGUGUCAACAUCGUUAUCAUCAGCCCACUACACCGGCUCACUGCAAGAAAAGCACAAGAUCCUCCACAAGCUUCUUCAAAAUGGAAACACCCCAGAUGAAGUAGCUAAGAUCACAGCCGAAGCUACAGGGAAGGUGUCGCUGGGGAACCAGGAGGGCGGUGAGGCUGGAACCGGAGGCUCAGGGGCCGGGACGGGGCCCGGGAUGACGGAGCCCAAGCAGGAGCAGCAUAGCCCCAAGAAGGAGAAGACCCAUGCCCUCCUUCACUACCUCCUCAACAAGGAUGAUUCCAAAGAGCCAGCAGAUGUCAAGCCUAAACUCGAAGAGCUGGAUGGAAAGGGAGCCCCAGGGGCCGCUGGCGGCCCUGCGCGGGGCGGCCCUGGAUCUGGGCCUGGCCCUGCACCCGACCAUCCUGAGAGCAAGAUCAAGUCAGAGCCACCGGAUGACUUGCACAACCUGGAGUCUAUCCUCGGAGAUUUGAGGGGUUCAAGCUCUGACUUUUACCCCGAUCAGGCAGGAGGUGGAGGGGCUAACGACACAGGAAACAAACCACAGGGUUGCCUUGACGACAGUCUGCAGGGCAGUCCAGGAAUAGGUCCAGGGCCUCGGGGGCCCUUCCAGAGGGCCAUGUCCAUGGAUGGGAAGCCUCCAGGUGGGCCUGGAGGAGCAGGUAGACGCCCCAUGCUCAUCAAGCAGGAGAACAUGAUGGGCAGCCCAGACGGCUACCCAGGAAACAUGGGACCAAUGAAUAGGGGCAUGGUUCCCCAGAGGUCUCCCAUGGGGGGGUCAGGGGACUGGGGCAUGCCCCGCUCCAGUGCCAGCCCUGUGGGCUCAGCAGGACACCCCUCCAUGAUGCGCCCAGGCAUGGAGUACAACAACAGCAAGAGCAUGAUGUCUGGGCCUAUGGUGAGCCGCUCCAACAGCGUACCGGGCACCAGGUCUAUGCUGCAGCAACAGCUCAUGGAAAUGGGAGGUUCUGCUGACAUGGCCAUGGGUAUGAGCCCCUUCAGCCAGCAGGGCCAGCCCAACCAGUCCCCGUCCUGGCCGGACACUUUAAUGGGCAUGGAGGGUAACAGGCGCCAGUUUGGCAACACCUUAGAUGAUCUCCUCGUGCCUCCCACCACCAGUGAGGGUCAGAGCGAUGAGCGGGCCCUUCUGGACCAGCUGGACUCUUUGCUGAAUAACACAGAUGGCAUCGCUCUGGAGGAGAUAGACCGAGCCCUGGGCAUCCCAGACCUCGUCAGCCAGAACCAGGGAGCUGAGCAGCAGAUGGAGCCUUUUCCAGGGCAGGACCCAUCCAUGGUCCUGGACCAGAAGCCUCUCUAUGGACAGGGCUAUCCCGGACCCCCCACCAUGCCUAUGCAGUCUGGCUAUGGAGGGAACCCCAUGCAGGGACAGGCCCAGCAGGGAGGGUUUGGGCCCAUGCUCUCUCAGAUGGGCCAAGGUGGCAGCUUCCCUGGUAUGGGUGGAAUGGGCGGCAUGGGACACCCGCGUGCCAACAUGAUGAGACCCAGGAUGAUGACUGCCAGCAAGCCCAUGAGGCUCCAGCUGCAGCAGAGGCUCCAGGGGCAGCAGUUCAUGAAUCAGACACGGCAGGGCAUGGGCAUGAAGAUGGAGAACCCAGGAGGCAACCCUGGCAUGAGGCCCAGCAUGCAGCCCGGCAUGGGAGGACAGCCGGGCUUCCUCAAUGCUCAGAUGAUGGCUCAGCGCAGCAGGGAGAUGGUCACCAUGCAGAUGAGGAGGCAGCGCAUGAUGAUGCUGAUGCAGCAGCAGCAGCAGCAGCAGCAGGCGGCAGCGGCCGCCGCUGCAGCCGCGGGAGGAUUCAGUCCUCCUCCAAACGUCACGGCUCCUGGCGGCAUGGACAACCCUAUGGGAGGGCCAAACAUGGGCCAGCCGGGCCCCCAGCAGUUUGGCUACGGUGGGAACUACGGGAUGGGCCAGCAGGGAGACCCCUCGUUCGGCCCAUCAGGCGGCAGUCCUCCUAACGCCAUGAUGCCCGGCCGCCUGGGACCUCAAAACCCCAUGAUGCAACAGCAUCCACAGGGCGGUCCCAUGUACCAGAGCGCAGAUAUGAAAGGCUGGUCGCAGGGAGGCAUGGGACGCAACAGUUCUUACCCUCAGCAGCAGUUUGGGCAGCAGGGACCUCCAGGGCAGCAGCAGUUUGGGCAGCAGGGGAAUCCAGGCCAGUAUGGGGGCAUGAUGAUGAAUGGGGGCAUGCCAGCCAGCGGAGGAGGAGGUCACAUGGGCCAGAUGGGGGGACAGAUGGGUAUGAACCCAAUGGUGAUGGGACGUAUGUCUAUGGGGCCUGAUCAGAAAUACUGCUGAGCGUCGCGACGGAAGCGUUUGUCUCACUGUGAUCUCCAUGCAGAGAGAGGACACGGCUGCAGCACUGAAGGGUGUGGAGGACCAGGCGGUGUGUGUGAGUGUGUGUGUGUGUGCGCGCGUGUAGUGCUGCACUCCCACCAGAAGGGGGAGCAAACCUUCUUUUGGACUCGCGGCCAGUAAUGGCAGCCUGGCUCCCUGGAGGAAAACAGACAGGCUGUCUCAACAUACCUGGAAACACACAGCGUUGGUUAGAAUCAGAAACACUGUGACACAUUAACACUCAUAAACUCCUCGAUCCUGAGACAGUCACACACACACACAGCUCUGUGAUUCCUCUCGUAGACUGUAGAUGUAAUAUUCCUGUCUUUUUGAGGUGUGUGUGUACCUCAGUAGACGCACACCACACACCGGACCAAACGGUGAGACGCCUGAGUAGAUGGCAGACUUGAACAUGGACACCCCCCCCCCUUUGUCGAAUGUACCAUGAAGCUGUGUUCGGACUUAAAACGCGGGAUCCCUCUCCUGUUCGGAACCCUGUGGGAGUUUUAUCCGCCGCCUCUGUGCUGCUGCUGAAGGAUCGUAAAGUGAACACGGUUCUACACGACUAGAUUGUGACACUCAGAUGAAUGUCAUUAGGCAGCAGCAUGUUGUUUCAUCCUCCAGGACGUCGCGGGGCUGACGUACGACUGAAUCACUCGUUGGCUGAUUGCACUUUAAGGAAAGGCCAACAUCAAAAGGAUUGUGGCAAUAUAGAGGCCUUUACCCGAGAGUUAAAUGAAUAGCAGCAGACAUUUACUGUUUAUUUUUGUGUGUGUGUGCGCGUGUGCGUGUGUGUGUUCUUUCCUCUGAGUGACGGGGGGCUGUUGAUUGGAAAUGGGUAACCUUGAUGACCUUUGUUCAAAAGUGGGAACCAGUAGAAAGGCAGUAAGCACAGAUUUUAUCCAACGCUCUCCUCUACAGCGGACCGAUUUAUUACAACAGGAGAAAUUAACCCUUUUUAACUCAUUUUAAAAAUCACUCUUGAAACAAACAGACUAAUGUUCAAAACUCCACUUAUAUUUCUACAGAUUCAUGACGUGAUCGUUUUAGCAUUCCAGAGGUGAUUUUUAAAUCCAGAUGUUGCAGAUAUUUUGGUUACCUCGCACCAACUUACAGUGUUACUGCAAGUGCAGAAAUGAAAUUGAUUGCCAAUGCUAAGGUUGCGUGUAUAUGAGCUCACACUGUAAGAGAAAGUAUACGUUAGAUUUCAGUGUAGACGUGCGGAUUUCUAGCAAUAAUCCUUCCUCCUGGUUUUCCUCUGAGGACAAAGCUGAAGUAUCAUUUACUCAAAACGACGGCACUGCAGUAUUAGACAUGAUGUCUUGUUUGGAGCUUCUUUUUUUUUUUCCUUUUGUCUGUGAAUAUGAAUUGUAAAUACGCUUCAAAUGUACUAUAUAUAAAUAUAUAUAUGCUUUUGUAGGUCACAUACUGUUUUUGCACAGAUUGUAAGGCUUGAUAUUUAAAAGUGUAAUUUUCUUAAUCCGUCAUAGGUCAGCUUUUAUUUUCAAUACUUUAACCGUUUGUUGGAAGGGAAGGGCCUCCUUUUUGUAAGCAGUACGUGUAGAUUUUCUUUCAUACUGCCACUUUCUUUUACUCGGAAAGCGCUCUUUAUUUUCUGAGGACAUCGUCUUAGCUAAAGAGGUGCUAGUGUGUAAUUUGUUUUUAAUAAAUUAUUCUUCUUUUGACAGAAAAAAAACCCACAAAACAUGCCUAUAAAAAGAAAAAAAAAGAGUUGACACAUGAUUGUGUUUGGCUUCUAGGGGCCCAGAUGUCUUAUCAGUUCGUGGGGUUGAUAUUUAACCCCAUACUUCCAUGUGCGACUUUAAGUUUCACUCCUGAGAGCUCUGCGCUUUGGAUUUUGCGCAUCAGUCCGGCUAUAUAACUAUCCACAAGUCUUUUAGGUUUGCUCACAGAUGUUUCAUCCUCAUGGAAGCUACACAACAAGUAGUUUGAGUCCCUAAUCGCCCAUCAAUCUCCUGACAGGUGACUUUUUUUUUUUUUUUUUACAUGUAACUUUGCCUUUAUUUUCACGUCUUUCCUGUGAAGCUUUUGUUGAGAAAUCUACCUUUGAACACAUGCUCAAUCCAAAGAUUUUUGUUUGUCAUUCUGCAGUGCUUAGAACAGUUCCUGACGUAGCUCGUGCAAGUACUCAUGUGUGCUUUUACUGUUGCACAUAACCUAUGAUAUACAUUGAACUAAAUAUGUUUGAUUGCAUAUAUUAUAUUCCCCAUCCGUAUGACAUAGAGUAGACAUGAGUCUGGUUCUGCUGAGGUGGUUUUUCUUUGUGAUUGUUUCUUCCUUCCUGUACAUCUCAUGGCCAGUUGAAUUGUGGUGCUGCAAACGGUUAUUUCACAAGAGAAUGUUGAGAUUUUCUAAGCUGGAAAGGAGGUUUCAUGAUUGAUGUCAUUUUGUCUCAGAAUAAUAGCUUGGACUUUUUUUUCUAACCCCAGUCUCAAUGAAGAAUAUGAAAGUUUAAUCUACAAAUAUUCAAAAAAAAUGUGUGUUUUGCUUUAAAGGAGAGGAACUCCUCUUCAUCGUUUGUGCUAAAGAAUAGAGAAAACACACUUGGAAGCAUACGUCAUUAUUACAGGAUGUAAUAUACUAUUCCAUUUUUUUUCUUACCUUGUUUCUUGAUGUUAAUAUUGAUGUAAAUACAAAUUUAUAUU